UUCUCUGCUAAUGUCAAGACUAGGGGUACUAUAGUCAUUUUCUCAAUUUCUGAACGGAGAAGAGGAGUUUCCGUUAUCCUUUUAUAUUAUCUCUGUUUUUUAAAAAAUUUAAUUAAUUAACAAAAUAAAAAUCUGAACUUUCUUCUUCUCCUCUCUCACGAGUCUCUCCAUCGACCAAUCUGAAAUUAGGGUUUUUGAGAAAUCUUCCAAUCCCCAAUUUCAAAUUUCUUCAAUUGCUUCCACUCUGUUUUCUCUAUCAAACCAUGAUUUCAGAUUCGAUCACCAACGCUUCUCCUACCUCAGCUCCUACGGCUAGAGACUCCCCAAAGAAGAAGAGGAGCAAUAAGUCUGCUAAGUUGAAACAGAACAAACUCGGUCUCCGCCGUGAGCAAUGGCUCUCUCAAGUUGCUGUGACCAAUAAGGAGAAGAGUGCCAAAAAGCCUGUUGAGCUGGAGCGUAGAGAAGAGGAUAACAGCAAUGGUGGAGAUGUUGUUGAUGUUCGUCAAGAGAGCUAUAUGGAGUCACCUUCAAACAGCUCAAUGGGAGGAGGCAGCAGCAGCACUAACUUCAGUGGGUGUAGUAGUAGUAGCUCUUGCUCUGGUAACAUUACUGAAGAGGAUAAUGCAGUUGAUGAUGGUGAGGGAGAAGAGUGUGUGGAUGAUUGGGAAGCUCUUGCUGAUGCAUUAGAAGCAGAGGAGAAUGAGUCUGUUAAAGUGGAAGAAGAGAGUGUGAGAGAGCAGCCAUCAAGGAAGCAAGCGUGGAGGCCAGACGAUGACCUUCGUCCUCAGGGGUUACCUAAUUUAGGGAAGCAGCUUAGCUUUCCGGAGUUGGACAAGCGUUACAGCGCUGUCUCGGUUCCUUCAUCGUGUCCUAUCUGUUAUGAAGACUUGGAUUUGACGGAUUCGAGUUUCCUUCCGUGUCCUUGCGGGUUUAGGCUGUGUCUUUUCUGCCAUAAGACGAUUUGUGAUGGAGAUGGGCGUUGUCCUGGAUGCAGGAAGGCGUAUGAACAGGAUGUGAACAGGGCGGAGAGUAGUGUUCAAGGUGGUGGUUUCACUAUCCGGUUGGCUCGUUCGUCUAGCAUGUUUUGCAGGUUUUGAGGAAAAAAGAGAGGUGUGUUUGUGUGUUGUUUCUCUGUUUUCAUCCCCUGCCUUUUGCAUCACUCUUGCUUUAGGUAAUGUGGGUAUAGUGUUGUCUUUGUUCACUUGAGAACUUUGAUCUUUGUUUUCUAUGGCAUUGGCGUUUCUAAGCUUGAAACACUGUGGUGAUGUUGAUGUAGUGUGGUAUGUGUAUACAUAAGAGGUGGUACAGAAAAUUCAAAUAUAUAGUUUCAAUAAUUCUAAUAAGUUGUUUGGACUGCAAUGAUUCAUGUAAUGAUAAUACCAUUAAAAAGUCUAGACUCUAAACUUGUUAUGUUGCUAUAGUAAUACAAGUUACUC